AAACGCAUAAAAACAUACAAAGGGAAUCUCACAAUAGUAUACUACUUCAACUCCAGCUUACCCUCUCCUCUCUCUCCCCCCCCUCUCUCUCUCUGUGUCGUUGAAAUCUCCGGCGACCCAUCGCCGGGACAAUCGUGCAGAUGAACGGCACGUACCUGAACCCGUUCUUGGAGGAGACGGCGUUUUACAACCGCAUUGUGCUCGGCAGCCUCGUGCCUAAUGGACUGUGGGCCCCACUCCCCCACUUCUUCCAGACAUGGCUGCGCAACUACCUCGGCGGAACCUUGCUCUAUGUCGUCUCCGGCGUCUUGUGGUGCUUCUACAUAUACUACUUGAAACGCAGCGUUUAUAUCCCAAAAGAUGCCAUUCCCUCUAAUAAAGCCAUGCUUUUGCAAAUAUAUGUUGCCAUGAAGGCCAUGCCUUGGUACAGUGCUCUUCCAACCAUUUCUGAGUACAUGGUUGAAAAUGGCUGGGCAAGGUGCUUCUCAAGAAUAAGUGAUGUCAGUUGGCUUGCAUACCUGAUGUAUUUAGCAAUUUAUCUUAUAUUCGUGGAGUUCGGAAUUUAUUGGAUGCAUAGAGAGUUACAUGACAUAAAACCUCUGUAUAAAUAUCUUCAUGCUACACACCACAUCUACAACAAGCAGAAUACCCUCUCUCCAUUUGCUGGUUUGGCUUUUCACCCAAUUGAUGGGAUACUGCAGGCAGUUCCACAUGUUAUAGCUCUGUUUGUUGUGCCAAUGCAUUUCACAACCCACAUAGCGCUCCUAUUUAUCGAGGCCAUAUGGACAGCAAACAUUCAUGAUUGCAUCCAUGCCAAAAUAUGGCCUGUCAUGGGUGCUGGUUACCACACCAUACAUCAUACAACUUACCGCCAUAAUUAUGGCCAUUAUACAAUAUGGAUGGAUUGGAUGUUUGGAACGCUUCGUGAUCCUAUUGACGACGAAUUAAAGGUCUUAUGAUGAACUCACUGCGUCGGUUACCUUUAUGCAGCUUUCUAUGCUGGUUGGGUUUCUUUUCAUGUAUGUGGUCUUUGCUUGUACAUAGAAGCUGGCAAAGAAGAUGUUUUCAUCAUUAGGAGGGGCUUUAUCUCCUUCAUAACUAUUCAGUUGGUCCUAAACCCCAUAGCCCAUGUUGUCACUGAAAUAAACUGCAGUUGUGAACUUUUGGGGCAUGUUUUGAAUGAAUUAGGAGUUUUCUUAA